CUCAAAGCCAAAAUAUUCUGUUAAAAGGUUGGAUUCUGUGGUGGCGAUGAUUUUCAACGAAAGUGACCAGACCGCUUAUAACAUAUCAUCCACUGUUGCCUCAGGUGAAUCAGGAACUGCUGCUGAAAACCCGUUUUUUAAAUGGCUCCGCGUUGCAGCCUACGGCGUUAUCUGUGUGAGUGGGGUCUUCGGUAAUCUAGUGGUAAUUCUCGCUAGUCGUAAACCAGACAUGGCUACAGUGAGCAACGUUCUCAUUGCAAAUCUUGGAUUGGCAGACUUCACGGUCUCUCUCAUCAACAUGCCCACUGUAGUUGUGUACAGUCAUCUGGUGUACUGGCCAUUCGGUGCUGCCCUCUGCAAGCUUAUUCCGUUCCUACAAGGCCUAACUUUAUCUGCCUCAGUGGAAACGUUGGCUGCCAUCGCUGCUGAGCGAUACUGGCACAUUGUUUUAUACAAAAGAAGGAAGUUCACCGUACGCGAAGCUCACAAAGCCGUGGUGAUCAUUUGGGUGUUUGCCAUUUUCAUUCCUGUCCCAUUGUUGGUAUUUAGCAAGACCUCAAGGUGGAAUGAAGGAGACAGGGAGAUCUGCAUCGAAGAAUGGCCAAAUCUGAAAACCAGGCAAGCUUACACAACUCUGGUGUUCUUGCUGCUGUAUUUCCUUCCCUUAGUUCUCAUCUCCUGGCUUUACAUACGGAUCGGUCGCUUCUUGAAAACCCAGCCGAUAACCCGACGUGAUAACAACCGACGUCAGCGGAAGGUGAUCAAGAUGCUGGCUAUUGUGGUGGUGUUGUUUGCCAUCUGUUGGUUGCCAUAUCACAUAGGCUAUAUGUAUGUCGACUUCACUAUGUCCCAGCUUACUCCACCUUUCAUCUCAUUCAUCCUAUUUGCUCAGUGGCUGAUGUUCGCUAACAGCGCUUGUAAUCCAAUUGUGUACGCAGCCCUGAAUUCUAACUUUAAGGCCGAAUUCUUUUCAAUACUGUCUCUUUCAAGACGCAGACAACCACGAAACCGCAGGCGAACGGCCUCGACUCCUGCUGAGGUUGUAGAGAGUGCCCUGUGAAUGAUUUUCAUAAGUUUCGAAAGCCAUGGAAGGUCCUAAAACAGACUAAGAGCUUUAGUGGAAAGCGCAUGCGUACUUUAUUAGGGAAAAACAAGCUGAAAUCAACGAAUGAAGUUAUAAUCGAGUAAUUUAAGAUACCAUAGAG